GCUGCCGAGAGCUGGGGAGAAGCCGCCCCAGCCAUGAGUCCCUGUGGGCAUCUGCUGGGGGCUGAGUGGCCCAGCGCCCUCCCAUUGCUGCGGCGGCUCUAGAGGGAGAGGUGAGCGCCGGGCAGCCCGCCCUCAGCCAGAGGUGCCAGGAGCCCCGGGCCUGUCAUGGUGGCCUUGUGUGGUCAGCCCGAGGCGCACCGGGUCGGGUUUGCGGCUGCGUCUGUUGUUCCGGUGCGGGAAGAAGAUGGGGAGUUACUUGUCUGUGCCAGCGUACUUCACCUCCAGAGAUCCCUUUAGGUGUUCAGAGUGCCAGGACUCCCUUACCAACUGGUACUAUGAGAAGGAUGGCAAGCUCUACUGCCACAAGGACUACUGGGGGAAGUUCGGGGAGUUCUGCCAUGGCUGCUCCCUGCUGAUGACGGGGCCCGUGAUGGUGGCUGGGGAGUUCAAGUACCACCCAGAAUGCUUUGCCUGUAUGAGCUGCAAGGUGAUCAUUGAGGAUGGGGAUGCGUACGCACUGGUGCAGCACGCUACUCUCUACUGUGGAAAAUGCCAUAAUGAGGUGGUGCUGGCGCCCAUGUUUGAGAGACUCUCCACAGAGUCCAUCCAGGACCAGCUGCCCUACUCGGUCACCCUCAUCUCCAUGCCGGCCACCACCGAGGGCAAACGAGGCUUCUCUGUGUCCGUGGAAAGUGCUUGUUCUAACUAUGCCACCACCGUACAGGUCAAAGAGGUCAACCGGAUGCAUAUCAGCCCGAACAACCGCAAUGCCAUCCACCCUGGGGACCGCAUCCUGGAAAUCAACGGGGCUCCUGUGCGCACGCUCCGAGUGGAGGAGGUGAAGGACACCAUUAGCCAGACGAGCCAGACGCUUCAGCUGCUGAUUGAGCAUGACCCGGUGUCCCAGCGCCUGGACCAGCUGCGGCUGGAUGCACGGCUCUCUCCCCACAUGCAGACCACUGGCCAUGCGCCCACCCUCAGCGCCCUGGACACCAAGGAGAACCUGGAGGGCACGCUGAGGAGACGCUCCUUGAGGCGCAGUAACAGCAUCUCCAAGUCCCCUGGACCCUGCUCCCCAAAGGAGCCCCUGCUGCUCUGCCGCGACAUCAGCCGUUCUGAAUCACUGCGCUGUUCCAGCAGCUACUCACAGCAGAUCUUCCGGCCGUGCGACCUCAUCCACGGGGAGGUCCUGGGGAAGGGCUUCUUCGGACAAGCCAUCAAGGUGACCCACAAAGCUACAGGCAAAGUGAUGGUGAUGAAGGAGUUAAUCCGGUGUGAUGAGGAGACCCAGAAGACCUUCCUGACUGAGGUGAAGGUCAUGCGCAGCCUGGACCACCCCAAUGUGCUCAAGUUCAUCGGGGUGCUGUACAAGGAUAAGAAGCUGAACCUGCUCACAGAGUACAUCGAGGGAGGCACGCUCAAGGAUUUCCUGCGCAGCGUGGACCCAUUCUCCUGGCAGCAGAAGGUCAGGUUUGCCAAGGGCAUCGCCUCUGGAAUGGCCUAUCUGCACUCCAUGUGCAUCAUCCACCGGGACCUGAACUCGCACAACUGCCUCGUCAAGCUGGACAAGACUGUGGUGGUGGCCGACUUCGGGCUGUCGCGGCUCAUAGUGGAAGAGAGGAAAAAGCCCCCUGUGGAGAAGGCUUCCUCCAAGAAGCGCACCUUGCGCAAGAAUGACCGCAAGAAGCGCUACACGGUGGUGGGCAACCCCUACUGGAUGGCCCCAGAGAUGCUGAACGGGAAGAGCUACGAUGAGACUGUGGACGUCUUCUCCUUUGGGAUCGUCCUUUGUGAGAUCAUCGGGCAGGUAUACGCCGAUCCUGAUUGCCUGCCCCGUACACUGGACUUCGGCCUCAAUGUGAAACUUUUCUGGGAGAAGUUUGUCCCCACAGACUGUCCCCCGGCCUUCUUCCCUUUGGCUGCCAUCUGCUGCAAACUGGAGCCUGAAAGCAGACCAGCAUUCUCCAAACUGGAGGACUCCUUUGAGGCCCUGUCCCUGUACCUGGGGGACCUGGGCAUCCCGCUGCCCGCAGAGCUGGAAGAGCUGGACCACACCGUGAGCACGCAGUAUGGCCUCAUCCGAGACUCACCGCCCUAG